UAUGGAAACAAACAAGUCUACUGUUGGAGUGUAAAAAAUAGCCGCCGUCUCUUAUAAUCCCCUACCCUUCUGGCUCACCUCAUUUUUGAAUUUCAGCCUCCCAAAAAUCCUCGCCCCGAAGGCCCUUCUCCGACGCCAGAGCCCCGUUCUCUUCUCCGAAGAGCCAACAAAGCUCAGGACUCUCCUCUCUGUCUUCCGAGAACGCAUCGCACUUUGCUACCGAAUUGCAAAAUCGCUUCCCUUUCUCUACCGCUUGCCUAGCCUACCUUUCCAAUUCACCGCUCUCGUCUCUCCUUCACUGAUCGCGUACUCGAAAAUGGCUUUCAUUUGCUUUUAGGGUUUCUCAGAUCAACCCUUUUAGUUUCCGAACCCAAUCUGUACCAAAUCUUAAUUUACCUUAUCCAAUUCUUCAACAUGGCUAUUCGCGUUACCUUCACUUACUCCAGCUACUUUGCCCAGAACCUAGCCUCCACCGCCGGCGUUCGUCUCGGGUCUUGCUCGUCUCGAUCCAUUCACGAAUGCUGGCUCCGUUCCCGUUUCCUUUCCCCCAACAAAAAUUCCGACAUCGACCCUUCUCCUCCCCGUACCUACCACGCCUCCGCCGCCGAUCUUCGCCACCGGAGGUCGAACUUGUAUUCUUCCCUUGCCGGAGAGAUCCUCAAAGACGGUUGUAAUAACCCGAUUAUCGUUGGUUUGAUCUCGUUGAUGAAGUCAACGGCCCACGGUUCUUGUUCCUCGGCUACCACUAUGGGAGUUUCGCCUUUUAAAGCCGCUUCGAUUAUCCCUUUCUUGCAGGGAUCGAAGUGGCUGCCGUGUAAUGAACCGGCUCCUGUCGAACCGGAGAGUAGUGAGGUAGAUAGAGGAGGAACAAGCAAUGAUGAUCGAAGUUUGAGCUUGGAGUUGGAUCCCAAAAAGUUUGGUACAAGCAGUUGGAUUUCAAGGUUGUUAAAUACUUGCUCCGAAGAUGCCAAGGCUGUUUUUACUGCUGUAACUGUUAGUAUACUUUUCCGGUCGUUUUUAGCUGAGCCAAGGUCAAUUCCUUCAACUUCUAUGUACCCUACACUUGAUGUUGGCGAUCGCAUUUUGGCUGAGAAGGUUUCAUAUUUCUUUAGAAAGCCUGAAGUUUCCGAUAUAGUUAUAUUCAGGGCACCUCCUAUCUUGCAGGAAAAAUGUUGCAGUUCAGGCGAUGUUUUCAUUAAAAGAAUAGUGGCGAAGGCUGGAGACUGUGUUGAAGUUCGUGAUGGAAAGCUGUUAAUAAAUGGUGUUGCUCAAGAUGAAAAUUUUGUUCUAGAGCCAUUAGCUUAUGAAAUGGAACCAGUGGUUGUACCUGAAGGCUGUGUUUUCGUGUUGGGAGAUAAUCGCAAUAACAGUUUUGAUUCGCAUGACUGGGGUCCACUUCCCAUCGAAAACAUUGUUGGUAGAUCUGUAUUUCGCUAUUGGCCCCCAUCCAAAGUUUCAGAUACUAUACAUGAUCCAUAUGUGGGGAAGAAUGCUGUAGCAGUUUCUUGGAUGGAUAAUCAAUUCAUCAUAUCUAUUUGUGUGUAUCUUCCGUUGAUGGCCAACUUUUGGCCACUUAUCACGAAAAGAAAACUGAAGAACAUCUCCAAAGUGGGCUUCCCUUAUGAACUGAACCGCAUUGAGAAUCCGAGUUCCAAACAAGGGGAAACUGGAGCUUGGAGGCAGUAUUUGUACUGGCAGAUUCUCAAUCGGUUGAAAGGACAGGCCAUUGAUUUUCAACAAACAUGCUUAAGACCUGUGAAUCUGAAAAUGUUUAGUCGUCUUCAAUUAAUAUUGAAUUUUAUGUACAAUAAGAUUCUUGGCAAGAGGGAGGGGAGAGAAAAAGGAGAGAGAGAAAGCAAAUUAUUGACUCAUCUGAUACUCUACGAUCCGGUGCACACCGUCGAAGCACCACCACCAACAAGCGCCACGAUGGCGAGCCUCCGUUUCCUCUUGUUUCUCCUUUUCUUCCUUCUCUCUCAUAUCUCAUCCCUCGCUUUGAACCCUCUUCAAUCAAGCCAUCCCCAAAUCUUACAGGAUGUAAUCGAGAAGAUUGCUUUGAAGCAGAAAUGGGAGUUGGAAGGGCUUAACUUUUCGAAACUGGAAGUGAGCAAGGCGAGGUUUGGGGCUGGCAAAAGGUACGAGUUUCGGAUCCGAUUUGGAAAGACUCAUUUACUCUUCAAAUUCCCCGACCAAGUACCUUCGUUGAACAAGUUCACCACAGGAAGUGGCGGCGAUUUCCUUGAUUUUGUGAACGAAAUUAAUUCCUCGGCCCUACUCGAUUCCUUUAAAUUGGAAGGUCCCUUCGAGUUAAUCCUCGCUCCCAAUCACCAAGCCUCCCUCCUCUUGCCGCUGAACAUAUCACAUACCGAUCUGAAACGGGUCCUUGUUGGUGAAGGCAUCACUGUACAAGUAAGUCAAGCUCAAGAGAUUUCUCUUUUCCAUACGUUUAAUUUUGGCUUACCGGGGAAUGAAAGUGAUGUCAAGGAGAAGAACAGUGGAUAUUGGCCCGUCCGGCAUUCCAUCUGUAUGCCAUUCCUUCCUGUGCAUGUUUUAGGGUCGGUAUCUCUUGUUGCCUACCGGACUCAAAACCCUCAUGCCCACAUUGAAGCUCUUUUCCCAUCCAAGGAUACUAUUGAGCUGCUUCCUGAAAAGUGUUAUGGCAAUCGUGCUUACAUGAAACAAUCUUGCCCUAUAGAUUCGAUAAGUUUGAGGAUAACCAAGCCACAAAAGGUCCUUAGGACCUUUCUAGGUGACAAUCAAAAUGGGGUUUUAGGUUCUCUUAAUGUCAAAACUAAAGUGUCACCCAUUAUUUGUUUCCAGUUAGAGCUGGAAAAAAACAUUGGGAAGAAUGAGAGUGUUCGUGGUAUGUUGCCUGAAUGGAGGACAAAGCCAACUGUUGAACGAGUUUGGUUUGAUGUAAUGGCAAGAGUUGAAGCAGAGAAAUUGAAGCCCCUAACAAUCAAGAAGGUUAGACCUUUUGUUGGUGUAGAUACGGUCUCAUGGAGUAAUUUAUUGUCAAACAUUUCUUUUACAAAGUUCCCAUCUUUACUUGUCCCUUCUGAGGCUUUGACGCUGGAUGUCAAAUGGUAGUAGAAAACCUUGUAAGAUGGUUUUGUCACAGGUGAAAUUUACAGAUCAUCCUCGGUUGAUGGGCAUAUAUCAUAUGCAUGUCAAUUAUGUAGAAGGCAUCUUUGAUUGGUUCUGUAAAUAAUACUUACAAAAAAAGAAAGCAGUUGUGAAAGAACUUCCACUCAUUUGCAUUUGCUUUAGCUCCUUUACUGCACAAUAACAGCAAUAUUAGGGUCUCUGUUUCUUUUUAACUUGUAUUGUAGGCAAGCCAAGCUUCUAAUUUUAGGCAGAGAUGGGCCUCAACCUGUUUGUUCAGAGAUGCUUCUGCGUCCCUUCCCCCAAUUAUCUUGUAUUUAUAAAAAUUAACUCAAAUCAUACUUUGGAUUGGUCAUUCUUAUAUUUUCUGUUUUUAGAUACCUGAUGACUUUCAAUCAUUAGAAACUGAUGCAUUUUAGAAAUCAUUCUGCAACUCGUGAGAAAAACUUGUCCCCACGUCUUCAUAGUGUCAUGUAAUCUUGGUUCGUAUGGAUUGGAACUUACUGGAAAUUAGUUUGAUCGGAUCACAUUUAAUCCACGUUUGCAUGCUUAGAUCUGUGCCCUCAUUGGUGGGGCUAAUUGAAUCAUACCUAUGGUUGUUUAUUUUAAAGCUAGGCAGGCAGUGGAGAUAGAGGUAUAAUCAAUUGAGUUCGAGCC